GACGCGGAGCAUGGAGCCGCGGGCCGGCUGCCGGCUGCCCGUGCGGGUGGAGCAGGUCGUCAACGGCGCGCUGCUGGUCACCGUGAGCUGCGGCGAGCGCAGCUUCGCCGGGAUCCUGCUGGACUGCACGAAAAAGUCCGGCCUCUUCGGCCUGCCCCCGUCGGCUCCGCCGCCCCAGGCCCAGGACCCACCUGUCAACGGCUGCCACGGGCCGGCCACCACGGAGGGGGCCACAGAGGCGAUGCAGCUGGGGACAGGCCCCCCGCCACCUCCCAGUGGGGACCAGGCCCCUGAGGCCGCCAGCCCCGAGCCACCCCUGCUGCCCGCCGGAAGCCUGCCCCCGUUCCCGCCCUAUUUUGAAGGCGCCCCCUUCCCUCCUCCACUCUGGCUGAGGAACACGUACGGGCAGUGGGUGCCGCAGCCGCCCCCCCGGGGCGUCAAGAGGACACGGAGGCGCCUGUCCCGCAACCGCGACCCUGGCCACCUGGCCCUGAGUCCCAUCCGCCUGCGGCCCCGCCAGGUGCUCUGUGAGAAGUGCAAGAGCACCGUGAGCCCCCCGGAGGCCAGCCCCGGCCCCCCGGCCAUCCCCCGGCCACGCAGGGAGCCCCGGAAGCCUGAGGACCCCGACGGCGGGGGUGACACCACCGCCAAGAGGAGCAAGAGGGAGAGGCGGCAGGAGGCGCGGGCCCGGGUCCCCCGGAGCCCGGUCAUCAAGAUCUCCUACAGCACGCCCCAGGGCACCGGCGAGGUGGUGGAGAUCCCCUCCCGCGAGCACGGCUCACUGGAGCCCUUCUGCCCCCCGCAGGCCCCGCCCGGAGGCCCGGACCCCGAGGCGCCCGCCUCCAUCCCCAAGCUGAAGCUGACGCGGCCCCUGCCCCCCAAGAUCCGCCUGAAGCCCCACCGCCCAGGGGCUGGCGAGCAGGAGCCCGUCUACAGGGCCGAGCUGGUGGAGGAGCUCAAGGGCUGUGGUCGCGGCCCCCGGGCCGGGUCACCCACGCCCCUGGCGGACGGCUCUGCCCGCUCUGGGCUGGCGGACUCGUCUUCUGGAAGCUCCGGCGAGGACGACGACUUCAAGGGGUGUCCCCGAGGUGAAGACGGGCGUGACGGCCUGGCUUUCCUCGCCGCCUGCCCCCGGGGAACUGGCUGUGCCGGCGUGUCCGUGUGGAGUAGCGACAGCCUGGACGAGUCCAAAUCGUCCAGCUCGGAAGUGACAUCGCCAGACCUGUGUGACCUCUCGUCUGGCGACGGUGCGUCUGUGCCGGCCUCGUCCAAGGACGCGCAGCCGACGGUCCCACCCCUGACGGUCAGGCUGCACACGCAGAGCGUCUCCAAGUGCGUUACCGAGGACGGAAGGACCGUGGCCGUAGGGGACAUCGUGUGGGGUAAGGUUCAUGGUUUUCCUUGGUGGCCAGCACGUGUCCUGGACAUCAGUCUUAGCCAGAAGGAGGACGGGGAGCCCUCCUGGCAAGAAGCGAAAGUCUCAUGGUUUGGUUCUCCAACUACAUCGUUCUUGUCUAUUUCAAAACUCUCCCCUUUCUCUGAAUUUUUCAAACUGAGAUUUAACCGUAAGAAGAAGGGGAUGUAUCGGAAAGCUAUAACAGAGGCUGCCAAUGCCGCCCAACACGUGGCCCCGGAAAUAAGGGAGCUCUUAACCCAGUUUGAAACGUAACUCGGGUUCCGACCAGGUCACAGACAAUGAGGGCAUGGCUCUUCCCCUGCAGCUCCUGACUUCAGGGGUGUCCUCCGCACCCCCGCUCCGUCCCAGGACCCUGCAAGCCUUCUGGCCGGCUGCGCACAGAGACCCGGCCCGCGGGGUCGGCCUGGUUCAAGGCCUCCGGGGGCAGCAGGUGCGUCUGGCCACGAGGACAGACCCCCGCAGCACUGCGACUCCUCUUGGCCAAGUGUAUUUAUUCCCCCGACGCAGACUUUAGCUUUUCUGGUUUGUGAAGAGCCAGAGCCCAGCAGCAAGGGUGGCCUCCGGGGUCAGGGCGCCCAGGGGAGCAGGGCCGCGUCACCUCCCUGCUGGCUUCGGGACAACCCAGCCCCGGGCGCACGGGGUCUCUGUGCUCUUGACAACCGGCCGCCUCCCCAUCCCCAUCCUGCUCCGUGUCCGUCCAGAGCGUGGGUCUCGCUGGGCUCCCCGCACCAGCCCCAGGGCCGCCCUGUCCCCCUGUCCCGUGCGGGGGUGACGGGGCUGCCACUCUGCAGUCAGACUUCAACGUGAAAAGGAUAAAAACCUCGCCUGUUCUUUGUAAGAGUGCGUUCCGUACCCCUUUCUGUCACUCUGAAGACCAAAAAGCAAAAAGAAAGAUAAAGAAAAUGAGUUCUGCUCUUGGUUUAAAUGGUGAGGACUCAUGACAGGAACAGGGGUCAGGAAGCCCUUCAGUCCGUCUCGUCUCCCCAGGCCAGAGGCACCUGGUCGUUCCAGAGCCAGAUUUACAGGGACACCGCUCUCAUCCCAUCAGACCACCCAUCACGGGGUGCGGUUCAGCGCGUUUUAGGGCGUUCACAGAUCGUACAGCCGCGUCACCACAGUCGGCUCCAGAGCCUCCCGUCGCUGCCUUCGGCCGUUGCCUGAGCCCGGCCCGGCCCCCGAGACCUCACGUCCGAGUCCCGUCCCCGAGGAGUCGCCCAGCCUGGACGUCCGCACCAGCGGGUCUCGUGGUGCGUGGACUCGGCGCCCGGCGCUCCCCGCGGAGAUCAGGGUUUGCAGCGCCCGCACCGCUGCCUGCGUCA